AUCUCCUCAAUUUAAAGAGCUUCCACUCAUGGGAAGCUCUGCCAGAGGUGUUCAGUGCACACCCUUACUUGUAAAUAAGACGUUAAGCUAAAGUAGAUGUUGCAUUGUGGAAUUAUAUUAACAUAAGUUUAAAUCAGUCAAAGAACACCAUGGAGACAGCUCGUGACAACAUGACAGAGUUUUGGAAGGAGCACUCAAAGGGCGCCACAGUGGAGGAGAUGAUGCUCGACUCUCGUGCCAAGGAGCUGACCCAGCACGAGCUGCCUGAGAUCCUAUCCAUGCUGCCCUGCCUGGAAGGAUACAGAGUGCUGGAGCUGGGAGCUGGCAUUGGUCGCUACACCAGCCACCUGCUGACCAGGGCCGCUCAUGUGACAGCUGUGGACUUCAUGGACAGCUUCGUGGAGAGGAACAGGCAGGAGAAUGGUCACCAUAGCAACGCUAAAUUUAUCCAAGCUGACGUCACAAAGAUGGACCUCCCCAAAAACAGCAUUGACUUCAUCUUUUCCAACUGGCUGUUAAUGUACCUGAGUGAUGAGGAGCUAGAGUCCUUCAUAGAGAAGACCCUGGGCUGGCUGCGGCCUGGUGGCUUUCUUUUCUUCAGAGAGUCUUGCAACCACCGGUCAGGUACAGAGUGACUCAAAAGAGACUUUAACCCCACCUGCUACCGCACUGACGCCCAAUACAGCCAUCUGGUAUCAUCAGUGCAAGUGGAGCAGACAGAGGGGAACCAAAGGUUUGGAUAUGAUAUUGUGUUGAAAAAGAAAGUCAAAGCCUACAUUGAGAUGAAAAACAACCCAAAUCAGAUCUGCUGGCUACUAGAGAAAGUUCCCCGCUCGUCCGUCACCCAAAACGGAUUCACUACUUUCCAGCAGUUUCUAGACAACCAACAGUAUACCAACCGUGGUAUCCUGCGCUACGAGAAGAUGUUUGGAGCUGGUUAUGUCAGCACAGGUGGACCCAGUACCACCAAGGAGUUUGUGGACAUGCUGAACCUGAAGCCCGGACAGAAGGUCCUUGAUGUUGGCUGUGGUAUUGGUGGAGGAGACUUCUACAUGGCAAAAACCUUUGGCGUGGAAGUGCUUGGCCUGGACCUUUCAGACAACAUGGUGGAAAUUGCCAUGGAGCGAGCAAUUGCAGAAAAGCUGCCUUCAGUCCAGUUUGAGGUGGCUGACGCCACUAAGAGGGUGUUUGCAGAAGGUUCUUUUGAUGUGAUCUACAGUAGAGACACAAUCCUGCACAUAGAUGACAAACUGGCACUCUUCAAACGCUUCCAUUCAUGGUUAAAGCCAGGCGGAAAGUUGCUUAUCAGCGACUACUGCUGCGGUGAAAAGCCCUGGACACCUGUGUUUGAGGCCUACGUCAAACAGAGAGGCUACAUCCUCUAUACUCCCGCACAGUAUGGCAAGUUCAUUGAAGAAGCCGGUUUCAGCAAUGUUAGGGCAGAAGACCGAACAGCCCAGUUCAUCCAGGUGAUAAAGACAGAGCUGCAGAGAUCAGAGGCCAUUAAGGAGGAAUUCAUUGAGGAAUUCUCUGAAGAGGACUAUCUUGCAAUAGUAAACGGAUGGAGUGAAAAACUGGGACGUUCCAACAGUGGAGACCAACGAUGGGGACUCUUUUAUGCAACAAGGGAAUGAGUGAUUGCACAAAGAAUGUAGAUGAUGAUGAAAAUAAGUAAUGCCUUUUCCUUUUUACUUUGUUGUCUGUGCUUUGGACUGAAGCACUUUAUUUCAGUAUGAGUUCAUAAGCAUGUUCAUGUGCUGAAGAAGCAUUGGAAAAAACACAAGAAUUGCAGUAUUAUUAUAGUUAUAUGAUGAAAGAAAGGGCAAAAUGUAACACACAUACACAUAUUAUGAGCUCAACAUUGUUUAAUGUAUCAUUUUAUUGUAUUUAAUUAAAUUCAUAACCCGCUGUUUAAACAUGAAACUGAACAUUUUGUCAUAUCUUGUUUAAAUGGAGCAACACUGAAUAAAACAAUAUUGCUUUAUUGAUUUCUAAAAGGCAUUUUGUAAGACCAUUAAAGACCUAUUUUUGAUCUUUUGAGCAUUUGUUAAGUAUGCUGCAAAUUUAGCACAAGUUUUAUCAUCAGGCAGGAAAAGAAAAAGAAACAAAAGAUUAAAAAAAUGGACCAAUUAUCUUUUUUAGUUAGAUUUCAGAAACAAUCCUUGAACUAUUACCAGAGUCAAAAAUGUCAAGAUCAGUCACAAGAGCAAACUUGUUCAUUAAGUUGCUACUGAUUAGUUUUCAGCAAUAGUUAAUGCAUUUAACUGCAGCACUGUGUGAAAGAGGCCCCUCACAAACUGUAAUAGUCUUCAUCACCUCAGGUUAUUCAGGUUGUGCAACAUGUCGCUCAGAAGCAACGUUUCAAACCUGUGUAAUCCACUAUGUGACCCGAAUGAACCCGAUGUUUUUCUUUCAAAAUAAAAACUUCGAUCUAA